AUGGUGGAGGAUGACAUGUUCGCCCCACCAGGGAUGGAGAUGAAAAUAGACGUGGAAGAAGACCCCGGGACGGACAGCGAACCCGAUCAAAGUUCCCAACCAAUGGCGUUCUCUUACCCCAUGGGGAUGGGCGAUGCUCUGAUGAACGGAUGUUUCGGAACAGGAUACAAAGAGGGCGAUCCCUGCUGGAACAAGAAAGAUGUCAUCCCGGCCUGCUGGAACAUGAUGGAGGGGUGUGGCUACAUCGGGGUCGGCUUUGAUGGUCGCGGAGACUACAGCAGCACGUCCAGAAGGAAAACAGUCGUGCAGAGGAACUGUAAGAACGAGGCCACGUACCACGAUGAGGACGUACCGGACACCAUGAACGUUCACGGCAUCUUUGACACUGAAGUCACCUCCUACGUCUUUGAGUCCAGGCAGGCUUAUCGUCACUCCCUGCAGAUGAAAGCCGGAAUGUCAUUUUCCGGAUUUGGCUUCCAGGCUGCCGUUGAGUCAGCAUAUGGGAAGGAGUCAUCAUCACAAAAACAGUCCUUCAUGUCUCUUAUUCAGUGUAACGUGAUCAGGUAUGAAAUCUUCCUGGAUGAGAUCACUCCGGAUACCCUGAGUCUGCCUUUCCUGCGGGACUUCUUGUCUCUUCCACAAAAUUUCAUCUUGGGGAAGGCAAAGCUUCAAAAGUUCAUCAUCCGCUAUGGAACUCAUUUCAUCAAGUCGGCAAAGUUCGGCGGGUCCUUCAGGCUGUUUAAGACUCAAGAAGCCUCCAAGAGUGAAAGUAUGGAGGAUUUCUCCGUCCAGGCCCAGGCUUCUUAUAAUUCUCUUUUUUUCAACGCCGCUGCUCACGCUGGAAUGGCAUCGUCCAGUGGAUCCUCGCAAUCUUCCAAGACUUCCAACACUCACGUGACAGUGGAAGGAGGCGACCAGGAAGUUGCAUCCAUCGUAGCUGACUUCUACUCCACUGGCUUCAAAGACACCUUCACCGAGUGGCUGAAGUCCAUCCCUACAUACCCCAAACCCAUCGAGAUGUUCAUGGGCACCAUGUCGGAGCUGCUGGACAUGAACUACAAACUUCUGUUCCCUUUCGACAUCAGUAAUGCUGCAGACGGCUGUUUCAGUGAAAACCUGAAGACCGAAGACAUCACAGGAAGAAAGUACUAUGAGGUGAAAAAGCUGGUGAAUGACAGCAAAGGAGUGAUGGAACCUGUAACUGAGAAACGAUAUUGUGACUUCACGUCAGUGGACAAGUUUCAAGAAGGACUGGACAAGAAACGGCUCGCACUGGAAAGGGCAAUCGUUAUGUACAUGGAAGAGGGACCAGUGCCCACCACGGAUUUCCGUCUGUCGGGGGGCAAACCUGGAUGUACGACUGAAGAGUUGAGCGUGAAGGGGGGUAAUUCUGGAACUACCUACCCGACAUGGAUGGAACUCAUCAAUGGUGACACUUAUAAGAUCAUCUUUGAUCUUCCUGAAAACAUCAACUACGAUAUUACGAAGAACAAAGAGGCCUUCCUGGUCUUUGCAAGGGGAAGAUGGAAUUGUCACACUUUCGGAGCACCAAUGCACAUGUACAACAGCCGUAACAAUGGAGGGAGUGGCGAUACCAACAACAGGAAGGUCUCCUGCUUUGGUUUUGUGAUGACAUACAAUGAAGCAACCGGAACGUUCGAUGUCACACCUCAAGACCAAGAAGCAUCCAAGCAGGUUUUGGGAGACUUACCACGCAACUACGCAAACUGGAAUGUUGCCAGAGCUGAGUAUGUCAGCCCGUUAGAGCACUCUCAAGCCAAAGGCCGUUCUUUAGCCAGUAUACUCGAGGCGCCCUGCACAGUAAAGUGGUCCAACUCUUACCAAAUCAAGCCCGCGGAGGAGGGAGGACGGUGUCUGUACUUCGUUGCGGCGUCUUCAGGCGACAUUUUUGUGGUGUUCUCCGCCAUUCCGAGGGACAAGACCACCUGGUACCAUCUCCAGAUCAGUUAUCAGGGUAUUGCGCUCUACAAGGGAAUGAAGCUGGUGAAAUACGAGGGAGCGAAGAGUGCCCGAAGUCUCGGUGACUCAAAACUGUUCCAGCCGUACUUCAUUUGCCUGGAGGAAGACAAGGAAAACCAGCGAACCUACAUCAAGUAUGGCAUCGGCUCUGACACUUCCGAGAAAGGGCUGGUCUACAUGGUCUACAAUGAUCAUAGUCCACCAUUGGGUAUUCGUUUCUACUCCUUUGGGAGCGGAGAAAAGGACGUAGAGAUCAUGGACGCCCGAAUCAUCGAGGGAGGCGCACAGGGAGAAAUGGAAUGUACGGGAGGAACAGUCCUAAAGGAUGGGAAGUGUGUGGAAGACUGUCACCCAGAAUGUGAUGGAUGUAUCCCCAUGUCCCCUGGAUCGAAGCUGGACACGGAAUGCCGCAGCUGUAAGCACUUUUCUUUGGACAAGGGCGGUGGAGUUGUCCAGUGCGUCGCAGAAUGCCCAAACGGUACCGAAGCAGCUGAAGAUGGCGUGAGAUGCGAAUGCAAGGACUUUGUCUUCCUCAACGAGGACGGAAGUUCCCGAUGCGUCUCGGCAUGCGGAAAGGGGUUCAUAGUGGGCCCCGAUGGCAGGACUUGCGUUGCGGCUAGUAAGUGGAGAAGUGACUGGAAGUGUGGAAGGAACAAUCCAGCCCCAGGAGCGAACCCUGGGCAGUGUAACCCUAAGUCAACUACACCCUGUUGUUCGAAUCAACAGAGCGGGUGGUGCGGGGGCUCGAAAGAUCACUGCGAAUGCAAUAAAUGUUGGGACUUUCGCAAAGGGGUCAAUAUCGCGGUGUUGAGGCCAGCUUUCCAAAGCACUGGUGGGCAAGUUUCUGCCAGUCGUGGCGUAGAUGGCGACACCAACAGCAUCUAUAGCGGUGCUUCCUGCACCCACACUCAUGAAGAAGACAACCCCACUUGGUGUUACAACUGUUACAACUUCUUUGUCAAAUAA